UCACUCUAGCUUCUGUGGGUAAUAAACAAAAAUUAAAUCUAUUUUCGCUGCAAGUUAAACUACAAUAAUGUAGCUAAAACAAUUGAGAAAGAAGUAAAACUCAAUAAGUCAUCAACAUGGAGCGUUUCGCUUUUAAGAUCGAUGCGGCUCUCAGGGCUAAUUUGUACAAGAUUUGUCGCCUGUGCGGCAUUGAUAAUCCGUCCAAGGUGCCAAUACUACCAAAAGGGUGCGAGAUCAUAGAUCUGGACGAGCCGAGUUUGAGUCAAAAGGUUUAUGAGCUGGUUGGCUUUACGGUGACAAAAGAUGACAAAAUGCCGCAGACAAUGUGCAGCCUGUGCGUGGAUAAAAUCAAUGAUUUUUACGAAUUUCGUGAAAUGUGCUAUGCAACAAAUAAGCAGACGCGUAAUCUGCUAGGACUCAAGCAAGCGGAUCCACAUAAGCUCAUGGAUAUAAAACCAAUCUUUAAGAGCGAGCUUCUGGCAGUUUCUUCAGCUAAUACUAAGCGCGGGCGUAAGCGUAAAACAGAGGAUUCUCCGGCGGCAACUGCCAGUGGCAGCAGUGGCAAGUCGAGCAACACGGAAAUUUCCUUGGAUGUAGUGAAAAAUGAGCCAAUCACCUGGCGCAAAAAGCAGCGACUGCAACAACAGCAGCAGCAACAACAACAACAACAACAGCUGCCAGCUCCCAGCAAAGCUGAAGUCAAGGAGGAGCCCAUAGAUGCGGAUGCCAACAACAAAUUCGGAUUAGCUGGCAAAAAGCGUCGGAAGGCCAGUUGCAGUGUGUGCGGCGAGAGAUUUGAGAGCAAGGAACUGGCGGAGGAGCACAAGACUGCAGCACAUGUGCCCUCAAUAUUGCGAUAUGCGUGUCAUGCAUGUAAUCAGAUCCAUCACAGUCCCAGCGACAUCAAAGCCCAUCAGCUGUGGCAUAGACUAUCCAAGACGCCUUACCAGUGUCCGCUGUGCAAUGUGAACGUGGCCAACAACUAUGCCUUCACUCGCCAUCUAAGGGAACAUACGGUGCCGACGCCGAUCGAAUUGCUGGUCCUCGAUCGCGAGUGUCCGAUAUGCAAGAAAACAUUCUUAACGAAUUUCUUCUACAAUACACAUCCUUGUGCAAGGCGUACACGCAAAUGUGGUGGCUGCAGUCGUGCCCUCAACACUGAAGUUGCCUAUAUGCGCCAUGCUCCGUUCUGCUCAAAGAUUUAUUUAAAUCACUCCAAGCACAUAAUGCCCGAGGCGGCCGAUAAUGAAGCUCAAAUGCGCAUUAAAAAUGAAUACGGUGUGGAUACCGAGGAGAAUGCAAUGCCAUGUAUUACAUAUCCACAGGACAAUAUGCAGCCUGUGGUUGUCCUGGAGCGUCUAUCAUCACCACUACUACGCGCCUCUGUGGAGCCCAACUCGCUAGGCAAGAAUAAUGAUCGUGUAUCCACCAAAUCAUACUUGAAACGCGUCGAUCAGCUGCUGAAGAAUACGAUGAGCACGCUGGUCAGCAUUAAACAUGAGCCCGAGGUACACAUCGAUGAUACUGGACCGCCAUUGUCCAUUGCGGAACAGGCUGAAAGUGAGCCAGAUGAGGAACCAGCUGGCUGUGAUGAUUUCCACUUCAACGCAGGCAACGACGAUAGUGAUGAAGAUGCUCCUGCAACAGCAGCGGAUGUUUCAACAGUGGCCGUAAAGCAAGAGAUCAUCGAUGAAUCCUAUCAGGAGCUGCAGGAGCAGGAGCAAGUGCCAAGCGGCGAUGGCGUACAAAUGAAACAGGAGCCUCUCAAGCUGAAGCUGAAGAUCACCAAGAAUCAUGGACAACUCAAUUCUUCGCUCGUUGAUGACGAUCACGAUUUGCAGUCACAAUCAAAGAGCGCCAAGAAGAAAAAGAAACGAAAGCACAAGGAGCGUAAUAAGGAAUCGGAGACUAGCGACAAAACGACACCAAUCGAAGCAAAUACUGAUGACAUUCAAACGCCAGCUCAAGAAACAGUUGAAGAUUCAAGCAGUGUCAUUGUGACCAUAAAGCAGGAACGCUUGGACGACAACUAUGACAACGCCGAUGCAAGUGAAGCACAAACUGGAGAGGCUCAGUUUGAGCCGCAAGCCACAGUCAUGACCAGCAUUCCAAUGCUCCAGCUGGACAGCAGCUACAGCGAGGAGAACCAGGAGACAGUCACCAGACACCACGAGCCGGAGGAUGUGAAACCAAAUCGCUUGGAGUUGGAUCGCUUGAUGCAAAUAACUCAUAUAGCCAGUGGUGUGGUCAUGGCAGAGGAGGCAUUGCCACCCGAGAGCGCCGUGGAGGCUAUGCCCAAUGAAACGCUAACAGAGAUCCCAGCAAAGCCUGUCAAGAAAGCAGCUAAAAAGUCUACAGCGCGAAAAAGUACAGGCGGUGUUCCACGGGAGUCUGCAACAUCUUCAGACUCAACUUCGAGCUCCGUUCAACCAUCAGGAUCACCUUCGGUCAGCGUUUCACUUGAGGAUUCUACUUCAACGGCUUCACCUUUGAAUGCAAUACAGCUGCCACAGAUUGUAUCUGUGGAAAGUGGAGCUGCAGUUCCCUUUAACAUUGUUGCUAUUAAGCCAGAACCACUUAAUCGUGGCUAUGCGGAUGAGAACGAAGCGGAGGAGGUGGCAGAACCGAGCGUGGAUGCCUCAAAUGAGAUCAACCACAAUGAAAAGAUAGACGAAGAGGCUGCCUACAUAAACAGCUUAGAUCUCAGCAAUGUAACCAUAAAGCAGGAGAAGGACUUGCACAUUUCCGAUGUCAGUGUCAAUGGCAGUGAAGCUGACAACUUGCACUUUAAUGGAUUGCAUCCAAGUGAGGACAGCGAUGAGGGGGAUGACGAUGAUGAGGAAGAUGCUGAUGACAGUGCUUCUUCAGCGGAUGAGGCAGAGGAAAAUAUGGAUACAUAUGAGGAACAGGAGGAGCGCAUUUAUCGUGAAAUUGAGUUACCGCCUUUGGAGGAACAGGCUCCUGCGGAAAACUCAGCAUUAGAAACGGAAAGCAAGGCAGAAAAUAUGGACGGGGUAGCAGAGAAUAUGCAAGUGGAAUCCGAGAAUAUGCAAAUGGAGUCAAAGAAUAUUCUAAAGCAAUCAGAGAAUAUUCAAGUGGAGUCACAAAAUAUUCAAAAAACCUCACAGAAUAUGCAAGUGGAUUCAGAGAAUAUACAAGUGGGCUUAGAGAUUAUACAAGUGGAGUCGAAGAACAUACAAGUAAAUUCAGAGAAUAUGCAAGUGGAGUCAGAGAACAUGGUUCAAGAGCCAGAGAAUAUGGUGCAGGAAACUCCACCACCGGUAAAAGAACUUAAUAUUGAUCCAGCCCAAAGUGAAAUCGAAAUGCCGCAGGUUGAGUCAGAGAAUAUAUUGAUGGCGACAGAUCCAUCACAGGAUUUGCAAGGAGAAGGAGAAGAGCCCCAAAUGCCGAAAGAGAUGGCAUCUAGUGAACCACAACAGGCGACCACAAGUACUUCAGCUUUUAACUUCAUCAUCACCAGCGUUUGCAGUCAAGCGGAGGAGGCACUUCCUUCCAAUGACAACGUUCCGCCCGUGCUGGAUACUCCGGAGAAAAGCGAGAAUAUUGAAGAGAAUAUAGCCUGCUCAGAAGUAACCUUAAGUGCGCCAAAGGAUAACGAAACUUUGGCGCAGCCUUUCUUCACACCUUGCAACUCCUCAACGAACUACAAUUGUGAUGAGGAGCAACAAAAUGUGCUUAACCAUGAACUAUCUGUAACGAAUCCGCAGGAACUGGAACAACUUGCGCUGCCGGCAGUAGAGGAGCAGCAGGAACCUGAGGCAGGACCCUCAGCCACAGCCUGUAAUGAGCUGUCCGGUAACGAGGAGCCCAGUGUCCAUGAAGAGACUGAGAACCGCAUCAAUGAGCAGCAACAACAUCAACAACAGCAGCAACAACAUCAACAACAGCAACGUUGUGAGAUUAACAAUGAUUCCAAUAUUAAUGAAAUUGCCGAAAACAAUAAUAAUGCCAACAUUGAACGCGAACUAAACGACGAUGCAAAUGUGGCUCAGGAAAAUCCUAACAUAUAAGUUAAAUAAUAGUAAAUAGAUAUUAAGAUUAAUUUAAAAAAAAUUAUAUAUAAUAACAUAUAUGUUUCCUUUUAGACGCCAAACCCACUUCUUAUUGUACAUAUGUAGUUCAUGUAUUCAUUUGUAGUUCUCGAGAAUCUUUAUCAUACUACCAAAAUCGAAUAAAUACAUUAAAUAAAUAGAAAACCCGAAAUUAUUUAAGUUAGAAUUACACAAUUUUAUUUACGUAAAUUACAUAAAUUAAUGGCUUAUAUAAUACAAUAGAAUAUCUAUAUAUGUAAGCAUAUAGAAUGCAUGUACGUAAAUGUAUUUAAAUACACAAAUCGCACAAGA